ACUGUUACGGUGAAGCUUCCUUUGACCCAUUCUGUGAAGUAAUUAAGUGUUCCAUUGAGUCACUGAAUUUCUGUGAGAUUCGAAUUACAAGUACGCGACCGAUGUGGCUGCAUUAUACUCACCAGGCUACGUAAUACGUCGACACAGCGUGAUCCGCUUGAGCAAACGUAUCUUGUAGUGCAAAACGUCGACAAAUACUUCCUCCUUCCCAUGGAGCACAAAAACACAUCGGCACAGAAACACGAAGAAGAGUGCAUUACAGGAGAUAUCACUAUCAAGUUUGAGGAACAAGACAUACCCGAAGAUACGACUGAACAACAGGUAAUCGAAUCGCCUGAACGAAAAAAUCCUCAAAUUGACGAAACUGCUCAGGUACAUACGAAUCUACCUGUUCGGACGCCUGUACAAUUUUCUCAGUGGUUGAAUCGAUGUUCCAAUGGUUCUGAAAGUAUGGCGAGCAACGAGAAAACGUUUACUUGCGACUGCUGUUCGAAGAUCUUCAGGAAGAAGUACGCAUUGCAGAGGCAUUUAGAGACUCAUAGUAACGCACGGAUGGAAUGUUCGGUGUGCCAUCGACUCCUAAAGACUAAGAAGACGCUGAAGCUUCAUAUGAUGCUGCACGAAGAUACCGGUAAAAUAUUCGAGUGCUCGGAAUGCGGCUUUAUGACAAAACAAAAGCAAAGUAUGACUCGUCAUCAGAUCAGGAUGCACUCGAAGAUCGCCGAUUACAAAUGUCAACUUUGCCCAAAGACGUUUAAAUUUAACGGUGAUCUUAAAAGACAUCAUGAAGCGAAACACGUGGUCGACCCAUGUUAUUGCGAGAUUUGUGGAAAAACGUAUCGAAAUAGUCAUUUUCUUCGAAAGCACCGGCGUAUAUCCAAGACACAUAGAAACGCUUACAGUCGUAUAUGUUACGGGGCAAUUAGGGGUAAUCAGAACAUAGAGUGUGCGACCUCGCAAAACAAGGGUAAAGUGAAGCGAGUAUUCAAUUGCUCCAAGUGCAAAUGGCGAUUCAGCAGCUGGAGGUUACUAAAUAAGCACAUGCAACGACAUCUCCUCAUCUUUAACUGUGACAUUUGUGGAGCCGUGUUUAAGUAUAAGGCUUCGUUUUUGAAGCAUCAAGAAUCGCACAAACAAUCUGAACAGUUUUAAAUCGUGCAAUGGAAAAUAAUUUGUUUCUUUUGUGUGUGAUUACUGAGGUUUGUUAUUUUAUCUUUCAUUCUUUGCUUUUCUUUUUUUGAUACUAUAGAAUAAUAUUAUUUUUCAAGUAAUUAAAUUUAUGUAUAAAUAAUAUAUCAAUUAGAAUAUUAUGUUUGAUUGGGAGCGUGUAGGGGACCGAUACGCUAAAGCGAUACAAAAAGUCCUUUGGAGAUUUGUUUGUUUCUACUACAUUUUGAAGAUCGCGAAGAAGGCCAAAUGAAAAAGUUCGUUUUUUAAAUUAUUUAUUCUGAUAGCUGUAAUUAGAGUGGCCAAUGUUAUAUGUAAAAAAAUUCUUUAAACAUUAUUUUUAUAAAAUAGAUAACGUAAAUAAAUAAGUGAAAAAACGAAAACUUUUCUGCUUCUUCCUUUUUCUUUCCGUUUUUCUUCAAAAUGAAGCAAAUCUCUAAAGAUUCUUUCUUUUUAACGUAUUGGUCCCGAAAUUUUGAUAUUUCAAUUGGGUACACCCUGUAUAUCCACUUUCUUAGUACAUAAAUUUGCAAUGUUGAUAUAAUAUUAAAUUUAAAUAUUAAUUUUUGUUACGCGCAGAUAUGUAAGUAUUGUUUAUAUUCUUUGCGUGUAAACGGAAGAGGAUGUUCAUAUUAGUUUCAAAUACAUAUGCGUUGAUAGACUGUAAGUAUAAAAUAAACGAAUAUCGUUUCUCUUAAAACGCAUA